CAAAUUCAUGGGACAGCCAACGCAGGCAAGUCUGACGUCCACACCGCCUAGAGAAGGGAACAGCUGUCACAAGCAAAAUGAAUCCCAAGGAAGAAAAAGUGAAAAUAAUCACCGAGGAGUUCCUUGAAAAUGAGGAGGAGGCUGAUGUGGAAAGACAGAAGAAAACCUCAAAGGCUCAAAAGCAGAGGAGGAAGAAGCAGCUGCUGACCGCUGGCCCCGAAGACAUGGUCUCUGCGAACUCCCAGCUGGGCCCCCCACAGGAGCUGGUGCAGGAGGACCCCGACUCCCGCCUCCUGAGCAUGACGGCCAGACGGGGCGCUCGAAGCUUGCCUCCAAUUCCUUCAGCUUCCAGAACAGGUUUUGCAGAAUUUUCCAUGAGGGAACGCAUGAGGGAGAAAUUACAGGCUGCAAGGUCCAAAGCAGAGAGUACAUUGCUGCAGGAAAUCCCCACCCCUCGGCCCAGGCGCUUAAGAAGUCCCAGCGAGAAGGAACUGGAGACUGGAUUUGGCACGGAGCCAGGCAAAGAGGAACCGAGACUUCAACAAGAAGAUGAGUCCCAAAGUCAUCCCCAAGUGAAGUUUCGUGAUUCUGCGCGAAAAUACAAGUCUAAACCCCUGGUUCCACCUGGUUUCCCUUCUGCAGAAGAAGCUUAUAACUUCUUCACUUUCAACUUUGAUCCCGAGCCAGAGGAACUAGAGGAAAAAACAAAACCAAAAAGGAGACAUGGAACUGAACAAGGGGAAGAGGAAGGAGAGGUGGAAGAACCAGCUGUGCAAGAAGAAGUAAAUAAAAUGGUACUAAGGUUAUUGCCGACGUAUAAAAAGCUCCCUGAGAACGUGCAGCCCCGAUUCCUGGAGGACGAAGGCCUCUACAUCGGGGUGAGGCCGGCGGUGCCCCGCGCCAGCCAGAACAUCAUGGAGAACAGGCUGCUGGAGCAGCAGCAGGGGAGACGGUGGUUCGGAGACGAUGGCAGAAUCCUGGCCCUCCCAAACCCCAUCAAGCCGUUUCCUGCAAGACCACCUGUGUUUGCAGCAGGGCAGGACGUGAAGGCGGAACUCGAGACCAUGUAUAAAAAGGCGGUGAAAUAUAUCCACAGCAGUCAGCAGAUGAUUGGAUCUGGAGACCCCUCCGGAAACUUCCAACUGGACAUUGAUAUUUCAGGGUUAAUCUUCACUCAUCACCCCUGUUUUAGCCGGGAGCACGUGUUGGGAGCCAAGCUGGCUCAGCUGUAUGACCAGUACCUCGCAAGACGCCAGAGAAACAAGGCGAAAUUUCUCACCGAUAAGCUCCAAGCUCUAAGAAAUGCCGUUCAGAUGGACCUUAACCCAGCGAAAACUCACAAGUCUCUCGACACAACCCAAAAAGUCAUCAACGAGUAUAAGUCUGAAAUUCGACAAACAAGGAAACUGCGUGAUGCUGAACAAGAGAAAGAUCGAACGUUGCUUAAGAGCAUCAUAAAAGUCUGGAAAGAGAUAAAGUCCCUUCGAGAGUUCCAAAGAUACACGAAUACACCCCUGAAACUUGUUUUGAGAAAGGAGAAAGUCGACCAGAAAGCAGACAGUGAGGCAUAUGAAGCAGAAAUCCAGGCCGAAAUAAGCGAGUUGCUGGAAGAGCAGAUGGAGGAGCAUGAGCGGCAGAUGGCGGAGUACAGAGCCACGCUUCAGCGCUGGAAAGCCUGGAGGAGAGCCCAGCGAGCCAAGAAGAAGAAAAAGAAACAAGCAGAGGAAGACCGCGGGGAUGAGGAGCCGGGGGAGACUUCUCCCGAGGAGGGGCCGGCGAAACCCGUCCCUCCCGAGCGGGCAGAUCAGGCGGUGAUGGAGCAGCAGGUGAGGGAGCGAGCCGCCCAGAACAGGAGGAGGCCCGGGGAGCCCACGCUGGUCCCGGAGCUGAGCCUGGCGGGGAGCGUGACGCCCAACGACCAGUGUCCCAGGGUGGAGGUCUCUCGAAGGGAGGACGUCCGGCGGCGCUCUGUGCACGUGAAGGUGCUCUUCAACAACAAAGAGGUGUCCAGGACCGACAGCCGGCCGCUCGGGCCAGACUUCCGUGUUCACUUUGGACAGAUUUUCAAUCUGCAAAUAGUCAACUGGCCGGAGAGUUUGAGCCUGCAGGUAGGCCGGCUCGUUCCAGACCGGCCCCGGAAGCAGCGGGUCCUUGCAGUGAGAGGCGUCCAGGCCAAGGCUCCCCAGGCUCCGUUCUGGGGCCUCUCUUCCUCUGUCCUCUUUGCCAUGCGUAUGGGGGAGCGGAGGGAGAGAGGCGCCGACUCUGCCGGCCUCUCACCUGGGCCCCACUGCGAGCUCCACCUUUAUCUGAGCCUGCUGGCCUGGGUGCCCUUCUCCUUCGAAGCUGACGGUAGCAACCGGCUGAUCUUGAUGACCUCCGGGAAGGUGUCCAGCAGCGUGGCGUGGGCCGUCGGAGAAAACGGGGUCCCUCUCAUCCCGCCACUGUCUCAGCAGAACAUCGGAUUAAGGAGUGCUCUGAAGAGAGCAGAUGCCAUCUCCUCUAUCGGCACAUCAGGACUGACGGACAUGAAGAAAUUGGCCAAGUGGGCAGCGGAGUCCAGGCUCGACCCGAAUGACCCCAGCAAUGCCCCUCUGAUGCAGCUGAUCUCGGUGGCUACCAGCGGAGAAUCCUACGUCCCCGAUUUCUUUCGACUGGAACAGCUACAACAGGAAUUUAACUUUGUCUCAGACGAGGAAUUAAACAGAUCCAAACGCUUCCGGCUUCUGCGUCUCAGAAGCCAAGAGGUGCCAGAGUUCCGAAAUUACAAGCAAGUUCCGGCGUUGGACCGCGAAAUCACGGAGAAGGUGUUCCAGGACUAUGAGAAGCGUCUACGAGACAGAAAUGUAAUCGAAACCAAGGACCACUUAGACACCCACAGGGCCAUGGUAGCCAAGUACCUGCAGCAGGUCAGAGAAUCCGUGCUAAAUCGGUUCCUGAUGGCAAAACACCACUUUCUUCUUGCCGAUUUGAUAGUGGAAGAAGAAGUUCCCAAUAUCAGCAUUUUAGGCCUAAACCUUUUCAAGCUGGCGGAACAGAAGCGGCCGCUGAAGCCAAGGAGGAAAGGUCGGAAGAAGGUGACAGCCCAGAACCUGGCCGACGGGGACUUGAAGCUGCUGGUGAACAUCGUCCGGGCUUACGACAUCCCCGUGAGGAAGCCGCCGGCCAGCAAAUUCCAGCAGUCUUCCAGGUCUGCAAGGACUUUCAGCGAAAAGCAUGGUGCUGCCCCUGGGGCUCAGAGCCCCACCCAUGGGGCUGAGCACCCCCUCGGCCAGGUUUUAGUACGCCCUUUUGUGGAAGUUUCUUUUCAACGGACCAUCUGCCACACAACCACAGCGGAAGGGCCCAACCCCAGCUGGAACGAAGAACUGGAGCUCCCGUUCAGGGCUCCCAACGGGGACUACAGCAGCACCAGCCUGCAGUCGGUGAAAGACGACGUGUUCAUCAACAUUUUUGAUGAGGUGCUGUACGAGGUCUUAGAGGACGACCGUGAGCGCAGCAGCAGAAUCCACAGCCGCAUCGAGAGGCACUGGCUGGGAUGCGUGAAAAUCCCGUUCAGCACCAUCUACUUCCAAGCCAGGAUUGAUGGAACGUUUAAAAUUGACAUCCCCCCAGUUCUCCUGGGCUACAGCAAGGAGCGGGCCGCCAUUAUGGAGCGGGGUUUCGAACACGUCCGAAGCCUGAGUGACGGCUCCUACCUCACCCUCUUCAUCACCAUGGAGCCUCAGCUGGUUCCUGGGGAGCCGGUGCGAGAAAAGUUUGAUUCUCAGGAAGAUGAGAAAUUGCUUCAAGCAGCAGAGAACUUUCAAGCUGAAUGUGCUUUGAAGUUUCCAAGCCGCCAGUGCCUGACCACCGUGAUUGACAUCAGCGGGGAAACGGUCUUUGUUACUCGCUACCUCAAGCCUCUGAACCCGCCCCAGGAGCUCCUGGCCGCCCACCCCAGCGACCCACAGGCCACGGCGGAGCUGCUGGCUCGCUACGUGUCCCUGAUCCCUUUCCUGCCGGACGCCGUUUCCUUCGCCGGGGUCUGUGACCUGUGGAGCACGUCUGACCAAUUUCUGGAUCUCCUGGCGGGAGAUGAAGAGGAGCACGCGGUGCUACUGUGUAAUUACUUUCUCUCCCUGGGCAAAAAGGCCUGGCUGGCCAUGGGCAGUGCGAUUCCCGAGGGUCCAACCGCCUAUGUGGUGACUCGAGAGCAAGGCCAUUACCUGAUAUGGAAUCCCUGCAGCGGCCACUGUUAUGGACAGUAUGACACCUUCUGUCCCUUAAAAAGUGUGGGCUGUUUAAUUGGCCCCGAUAACAUUUGGUUUAACAUCCAACGAUACGAUUCCCCACUAAGGAUAAGUUUUGACGUCGCCAAGCCCAAGUUCUGGAAACCCUUCUUUUCAAGAAACCUUCCAUAUCCAGGCCUUUCCAGUGUUCAGCCAGAAGAACUCGCUUACCAGCGCGCGGACAGGGAGGCCGCCGCCGAGCUGCAGGACAGAAUUGAAAAAGCGCUGAAAGACAAAAUCAUGGCCUGGCGGCCGCGCCACCUGACCCGCUGGAACAGGCACUGCACCUCCGCCCUGCGCCACUUCCUGCCCCUGCUGGAGCGGAGCCAGGGGGAGGAGGUGGAGGACGACCACCGCGCCGAGCUGCUCCGGCAGCUGGGAGACUACAGGUUCUCUGGAUUUCCCCUUCACAUGCCCUACUCUGAAAUGAAGCCUCUAAUCGAAGCCGUGUACAGCACUGGAGUGCAUAACAUCGACGUUCCCAAUGUCGAAUUUGCAUUAGCUGUGUAUGUCCACCCCUACCCCAAAAACGUGCUGUCUGUCUGGAUCUAUGUCGCCUCCCUCAUUCGCAACAGGUGACUUUUUCAUGGUACUUUCAGGUAUACUUUUUUUUUUUAUAUCAUGUGAAAACGGAUGUGAUCUAGAUCACAUCAGAAGAGAGAAAAUAUUUGCAAAUUAUGAAAUAAAAUUAUCCUUUCCAAAUGUGCCAAGCGCACGCUUCUCUUUGGUGGCCUGCUUGUCUGCCUCACUGGCCCAGUCCAGGGCCACAGUCCCCUCCCCGCCCUCGGAGGCCGGGCCUGAGCUAUGUGCCUGUCCAGCAGUACACCGGUCACGCCUUUAACACCCAGGGAGAGAGAGGAGGAACUACUAUGCAAUGAGAGAUUUUUAUUGCUAAUACUGAA